GUUGGAGCUUUCGUGGAGGACUUUGUGCACAAUCAGGUCUUUGCAGAUCUCCGAGAUCUUUUGGCCAAGAACCUGGGGCAUGUGAACUCGACCCUCCGGGUUGGCAGCCUUUUCUCUGGGUGGGGAGUUCUGGAGAUGGUGUGCCAGGAUUUGCAGAAAUGCUGGAAUUCGGUCCAGCCCAGUGGUUCUUCAUUGGAGGUCGAUUUGCUGGUUGGUGGCUUUCCAUGUGUCUCCCUUUCAAUGUUGACAACGACUCCCGGAAGUGUGCUGGAUCCAGACUGCAGCAGUGGUAAAGGCUAUCUCGGAUUGGAAAAGUACGUGAGGUUUGACCUCAUAGAGAAGCGGUUCUCAAGUCUGGGGUAUCUUGUUUCUGGGGCGAUCUACAACGCGGCAGACUUCGGGGUCCCGCAGCAGAGGCGCCGUGCAUGGCUGCUGUGUGUCUUGAAGUCAGAGAUUGCCUGUGACGCUGCCAAGCUGGAAGCUGAUGUGAACCGAUUCCAGCGGAAGAAUGUCCCACUCUCUAGCUGUCUGAAUCUCAAAGAUUGGCCAAGUGUCAAUUCCAUGAAGGGCAAGGGUGGUAAGGGUGGCAACAAGUGGGAGGACAGCUUUGCAGAACAGUGCAAGAUCUUUGGGAAGGAGACACACGACAUGUUUUUGGAUUGCGUGCAUUUUCUUGAAUUGGAGUGA